UCCGCCCCGACGCCGAUGAUGACGGAAGCACGCCGCGGGUGACCUCACCCUCCAACAUGGCGGCGGCGGUAGAUUAGGGCCGCGGGUCGAAGCAGCCACCGCCGCUGGGGGACCCUGUCAGAAGCAACUGCCGCCGCCGCCGCCGCCUCUUUCAUCUCUUCUGGGGCAGGGGCCAGGGCCAGAGUAGGAAGAAUUUAUUGAGAUAAAGGAAGCGUCUGUUUAAGAGGGACAGAAGAGGGCCUGGAAAGUGGGUUUCCCACCAACUCUGCUUCUCAAGGGUGUUUACUGAGUAAAGCCAUGAGGUCUGACACAUCUAUAAGUAGACCUCUGGGAAACUCUGCCAGUCAAGUCAAUGGCGUCUUCUACUACAGUGCCUCUAGGAUUUCACUAUGAAACCAAGUAUGUGGUUCUCAGCUACUUGGGACUCCUUUCUCAGGAGAAGCUGCAAGAGCAACAGUUUCCCUUAUCUCAAGGGGUUCAACUAGGUACAGCUUCACAAUCUCUGGACCCAGAAGUUGUAUUAAAAGUUAAAUCUGAAAUUGAAGAAGAGCUAAAAUCCCUGGACAAGGAAAUUUCCGAAGCCUUUACCAGCACAGGCUUUGAUCGUCACACUUCUCCUGUGUUCAGCCCUGCUAACCCAGAAAGCACAAUAGAAGAUUGCUUGGCCCAUCUUGGAGAAAGAGUGUCCCAAGACCUGAAAGAGCCUCUGCAUAAAGCAUUACAAAUGCUCCUCAGCCAGCCAGUGACAUAUCAGGCAUAUCGAGAAUGUGUCCUGGAGACUGCAGUUCAUGCCAGCGGCUGGAAUAAGAUAUUGGUGGCUUUGAUUUUGCUACAACGAAUGCUUUUAGAACUGACAAGACGCGGUGAAGAGCCUUUGAUUGUACUGCUGCAGUUUGGCGUGACAUACCUGGAGGACCAUGCAGCAGAGUACAUCAUUCAGCAAGGUGGCUGGGGCACUGUAUUCAGUCUCGAGUCCGAGGAGGAGGAGUACCCUGGCAUCACUGCAGAAGACAGCAAUGACAUUUACAUCCUGCCAAGUGACAACUCUGGACAAGUCAGCCCCCCAGAGUCUCCAACUGUGACGACCUCUUGGCAGUCAGAGAGCCUGCCUGUGUCACUGUCAGCAAGCCAGAGCUGGCAUACAGAAAGCCUCCCGGUGUCUCUUGGCCCUGAGUCCUGGCAGCAGAUUGCAAUGGAUCCUGAAGAAGUCAAAAGCUUGGAUAGCAAUGGAGCUGGAGAGAAGAGUGAGAACAACUCCUCCAACUCUGAUAUUGUGCAUGUGGAGAAGGAAGAGAUUCCUGAGGGUGCAGAGGAGGUGGCUGGGGCUGCCACCGCCUUGCCAGCCAGGGAGCCACAAGAGGCACUGCCUGGAGCCCCUGCUCCCCUGCUUCCACACAUCACUGCCACUUCGCUGCAGACAAAGGAACCUGGCACGGAAGUGAUCUCGGGUGAGGAACCCAGUCCUGCUUCUUCUCUGUUCGUAGAACUUAGUGAAGAAGAGGUGAGAGCAGCAACCGUGGAGCCUCAUGAAGCAGAUGAGGGGGUGCCCCCUGCACUGCUGAGAGAAAAGGAGGCCCCCGUGAGGAAGGAGAGGCUCAGUGAGGAGCCUCCCUCUGCCCAGGAGGUGCAGGCCUUCCCUGCACCUGAGGGCAAGUCCAUAUUGCUGUUUGGAGGGGCCGCCGCUGUGGCCCUUCUGGCAGUGGCAGUUGGGGUCGCACUGGCUCUGAGAAGAAAGUAGUGGCUUUUUCAGAAGAGAAGGAAGAUGAAAAGGGUCUAAGGUUUUAGUUGUAUUAGCUGGGAGUAGAACUGCCAGCAGCUGAUUGGACAUUUAUGGACACUCUGAGCGAACUGGGGAGGUCUGCUCAGCAGCAGGGCCGGAGGUAGAUGGAGCGCAGCCCCAUCUACCUGAUUGUCAAUUCCAGUGGCGUGGCUCGUGCUGGACGCAGAAUCAUGACUAAAGUACUCUCUCUAGGACAGGAUUUCACGACAUUUCCAUGAUCCUGUUAAGCCUCUGUGCACUGGAGGAGGUUAGCAACAGCCCUGGCCUCUGUCUGCUAGAUGCAGGUAGCACCCCACUCCAUGUGAGGAAACCAAAAAUGUCUCAGACAUUGCCAAAUGUCCCCUGUGGGCAAAAUCAUCCCCUGUGGAGGUCCACUGCUUCAGAUGGAGAGAGUUACCUUAGGAAGACCCAGUAGAGAUCUCCAGGCUGAGCUGGGGAGUUUCAUCUGCCCUGACGAACAGCCCGCGUCCCUCAGUUGCUCCUCUUCCACCUCCUCUUCCCUUCACCAUCCCUGAGGUGAGGGUGAAGGUGAGGGUGCUGUCCUGCCCCUGUGUCGCACUGUCUCUCAGGUUCUACACUGCUGUUCUGCCCACAGCCCCCUCCAGGCCUGUCCCACACCCCUACCGUACCCGAUGAGCCCAAGGCCUCCUGCAGCUCCACUUUGCAGAGAUGCUGCCUUUAGGAAGCUUGAAAAAAUGAAAUACGUAGAUAAGAACAAAAAUGAGACCUAACCUGCAAGUUACUGGCUGUGAGACAGAGGCAAGCGGGGGACCCAACUGACCUGCUGGGCCUCCUCGAGCCCUUUUUGUCCUGGUCACCCCACUGGCCUCCAGAGACUUGCCAGCUGCUCCAGGGUCAUGCACUGCUGUAUAACCCUGGGUUAGUAUACUUUUCCCAGCAUCUGGCCUGUCCUAAGACUGGUCAUCUAGUUCGUGGGUCUCUUACAGUGUGGUGAGGAUUUUGUCCUCAGACUUACAGAGUGAAUUGGGUCGUAACUUAUUAACUGUGUUAUCAUUGAGAUAAAAUGAUAAAUAUUUUAUCAGUUAAUCCCAAAUAUCACUGAAAUUUAAAGUGAGAAUAAAAAGCUUGAACUCCCAAGUGUGAAGCUAUGGUGAGGUUCCAGUUUGAACUUCACUGUACAGGAGCGGAGGCCUCUUCCCUGUGCUCUUCACAGCUCAGGUGCCAGGGCAAGAAGCUGGGUGCCCAAGCCACUGCGCUGGCCAAAAGGCAGCGGCUUGAGUUGCCUCACCAGGCUGCCCCAUCCCUCCUCGAGGGGUGGAGCUGUGUCCUUUCAGGCCUGAGGGCUACAGUUAUUUUGCAGGGCCCACAGCUGGAUAAGAAGUCAUCUCAGAUUUAUCUUAGUAGUUGUUAACAAAUUACUUUUUAGAUCCUGAAGUUUAUAAUAAAAAUACUUUACCUACCCUGAUCACUAA